AUGACUAGUAAGUUACUACCUGCAAUAGUCCAUGAAGUAUUGGAUAAUAUAAGAAAGGAUUAUGAACAACGAUCUUGUAUUGAAGAAUUAUUAUUAAGCUUGAACUCAGUUUUUGGUUCGACAUUAACUGAACAUGCUCUUGAACUAAUUGAUGAUGGUAGCGUAUUUUUAAUUAUAAGUCAUCAACGAAGUAUACUUCAAAUAGUAGGCUCAAGAGGUGAUAUUUAUACAAUAAUGGAAACAGCUAAUUUUUGCACAUGUAAUUUUUUUAAACACCAAGUAUUGAAAGAUAAAGCAUUGUGUUGUAAACAUUUUUUAGCUGCUAAAGUAGCAUUAAUUUUAGGAAGCUUCAAAACCAAAAAUGAGACACCUGAAGGUAUAACUUCAAUUAUGAUUUCUGCAUAUGGUAAUCAAGAGUUUUAAUGAAUAACUGUAUUAUUUAUUAUAAAUAAUUUUAAAUUAAAUGAUAUAUUUAUAUAUUAUAAUUUAAUAUUGUAUAAAUCGUAUUAUAUAUAGUAUUAAUAAAAAUAAGUGAAUGUCUAAUUAUUUUACAUUUAAUAAAUGUUGAGAAACCUA